GAGCAGAUAAUGACCACCAACUGUUGGCUCACUCAGGUUUGUGUUCAUUAUUUUUUUAAAUCUUUUUUCUUAGUAACAGUAUAGUUCUGCAGAGGCCAAACAAAUGGUGUGCAUCCUAUUAGUCAUUGUGAUACAUAAAAAUUCAUGCUAACACACUGGCAUGUCUUCACAGUUUGCUGUGUAAUGACAUGCAGUUGGUUACUAGUGAGGUCAGCUCCAUGCAAACACAGCAGCGCGGCUGAGUAAAAAAAUGCAGUUUGACAGCUGACUCAACUGGAACCUUUAUGGAUGAACCAGCAUGUUUAUAUUUUCUGACUUUUUAUAUUGCAAAUCAGACCUGUUCUUCCAAUGCACAUACAGCUUUUGCUUGCCAAGUUGGCAUGAUCUCAUAUGAAAUCUAUUCAUGGGCCUGUGUUCUUUUGCAUCAGGGAUGGAAUGACUACAGACUAAUGUGGGAUCCGGAUGAAUACGAUGGAAUCAAGAAAAUUCGUCUCCCAUCACAACACAUUUGGCUGCCUGAUAUUGUCCUGUAUAACAAUGCUGAUGGGACCUACGAAGUUUCUUUUUACUCCAAUGCUGUCGUAUCUAACAAUGGAGAAGUGGCCUGGCUCCCACCGGCUAUCUACAAGUCUGCCUGCAAAAUUGAAGUCAGGGAUUUCCCCUUUGAUCAGCAAAACUGCACCCUCAAGUUCCGUUCGUGGACUUACGACCACACAGAAAUCGAUCUCAUCCUCCUCAGCGAUUACGCCUCACGUGAUGAUUUUAAACCGAGCGGCGAGUGGGACAUCGUCUCGCUGCCGGGAAGGAAGAACGAAGAUCCAAAUGAUAUCAGAUACCUGGAUAUUACCUAUGACUUCAUCAUUAAGAGGAAGCCUCUGUUCUACACCAUCAAUCUGAUCAUUCCCUGCAUCCUCAUCACUUCUCUGGCUAUCCUGGUGUUCUAUCUCCCGUCAGACUGUGGUGAGAAGAUGACGCUCUGCAUCUCAGUUCUCCUGGCCCUGACUGUGUUCUUACUCCUGAUCUCAAAGAUAGUGCCACCCACAUCUUUAGCAGUGCCUCUGAUUGGGAAGUACUUGAUGUUCACCAUGGUGCUGGUCACCUUCUCUAUUGUCACCAGCGUUUGUGUGCUCAACGUGCACCAUCGCUCUCCCAGCACGCACACCAUGCCAGCAUGGGUGAAGCGUGUCUUCCUGAACCAGCUGCCCUCCUUUCUGUUCAUGCGGAGACCAGGGAAGUCCAACAUCCGGGAAAGGUUUCGGAAAAAGCACCAGAAGCAGAAGUGUGGAGCAGAGAGUGGGAUCGGAGGCGGAGUGGCAGAUUCCUCCUCUUCCUUCUUUGUGAACGAAGAUUCAGCCAAGCGCUACGGCUGGAGGAUCAGUGACCUGUCGGAAAACACAGAGUUCAGAAGGAGGAUGACUCUGAAGAGCAACAUUGAUGUGGAGGAUGCAGUGGACGGGGUGCGCUACAUUGCUGAUAAGAUGAAGAGUGAAGAUGAUGAUGAAGGGAUUAUUGAAGACUGGAAAUACGUGGCAAUGGUGAUCGACCGUCUCUUCCUUUGGAUCUUUGUCUGUGUAUGUGUGGUUGGAACGGUGGGCCUCUUCGUACAGCCUCUGUUCCAGAGCUACAACACCCCCAUAGUUGAGGACUUGGACCAUAACUGAACUAUGAACAUGACUGAGAAAUGAACUUUAGUUCCCUUGAGAAACACAGCUCUGGGGAAUUUUUGCCACGUGAAACGUUCGCACACUGUUCACUGCACCUUAACUGGAAAACGACACUUUUCAAGCCUCAUUCUGACCUCAUCCAUCACCUGGUCUUCUCCUGUUUUCUCUGUUCAGCACCACUUUUACACUAAUAUUUCAUUUCAUCAAAGCUGAAUGCUACGGUUAGCCAACUUAAGUAAGCGGUAAUAAGAGGCAACUUUUAAAAGUAUAGUAGCCAAGAGGACAAGACUAAUUCUGCAGCUGAAUGAUGUAAACUGUGAAAAGAAAAGAAUGAUUUGUUUUGAACAAACACUGUUAUUGUCAGAACUUAGUUUCUUCCUUUCCCCUUUUUUAAAUAUAUCAGAUCAAAUAAAAGUUUCAUUUUUGUUUCAUAAUAAAAUGUAAUGAGAAUAAAAAAUCAUCCCAAACAGGAAGACACUUUUAUUUCUGUUUUUGGACCAUAACAACAGUAAUAUUUCACUAUGAAAUGUGGUCUCACAUUUACUGUGAAGCCCUUUCUGUGGAGACAAAGGACUCUUUUUUUUUCUUCAAUUCCAUGCCGUUAGAGAUAAUAAUAUUGAGGAUAAGAAGCAGUAGACUCCUUAGUUUGUUAAAGAAGCUUUAUAUCAAGGGGAAACAAAAAGUUGUUCAGGAAGUUAUGAAAAUGCAAAAAGAGUUUGCUGCUCAGUAUGUCAUUUCCAUUGAUUUGAUGCUCUGGCUUUGAAAAGUUUACAGUCAUUAUCAAGGCAAUCAGCAACAAUAUUAAAAAAAAACAUUUUUAAAUUAUUAGCAUUUGUUUGAUUUAACAUUGUUUCACUGUUUUGGAUUAGGUAAGACAACUUGUCUGUGCCAAACUGCACUCGCCUGUCACUGCUGCUAAUGCUAACCAGCAAAAAUGCCUGGUUAAGUCUUUAAUCAUUUUUUUGUACAUUAAGUACAAUAGAAGACUGAAAGAUGGUUUUUUUUUCCUUUUUUUUCCCUCUCCCUGGUCACUUAUGUUUUGUGGGUUUUAUCCUUGAAAAUGAAAGCUGAGGUGGGGUUUAUGUGUCUUGUAAAGAGCGAUUAAUAAAUGGAAAUGAGAGUAACAAACAAUCACAACGACCUGUGUACUCAUUAACUUGUUUAAUUAAUUGUUUAGCUUCUUAAUUCUUUGUUGCAUAUUUAGUUUUUAUUCUAGUAAAUGCAUGUAUUUAUACUUGAUACAUAAUAUUUAGCAGGACAUUUUGGUUUUUUUCUGUACGGGUACAAAGUGAAAAUGGGCCACAGAAUUAUCAAACAGUCUUGGAUCCUCAGGGCUUGUCACCUCACCUUCUGUUGAGAUGCCAGCGAGGCCAUAUGACCAAUGUGGAGACAGCCUGUGAAUGAGCGCACGCACGGCCGCCAUCUCAAAACUGGGAUGUGAUGCUUCCACGUCUUUAUGGUGCUGCAGCUUCCUCCUCAA